AUGGUUUCAACUCCUUUUGUUGCCUUUGUCAUCUUUUUUGUAAAUAUAUCUUCUUGUUUGUGUGCUGUCUUUCCUAGCAAUAGUACUUUCGCAAGCAAAAUGUUUUCGGCUGGUUUGGCAACAUGGUAUGGGGAUGAAACUGGUGCCGGAAGCGGAGGAGCUUGUGGAUGGAAGGAUGAUGUGAAGAAUCCCCCGUUAUCAUCAAUGAUAGCAGCAGGAAACGCCAACAUCUUUUUAUCAGGCAGAGGAUGUGGACAUUGUUUUCAAAUAGUGUGUCAUCAACCACCAUACUGCUCAGGUAAACCAAUCACUGUAACCAUUAGCGAUGAGUGUCCUGGAUGUAGCGAUGCACCUUUCCAUUUUGAUAUGAGUGGGUUUGCUUUUGGUGCAAUGGCUAAUCCUGGCCAAGAUCACAAUCUACGACAACUUGGCAAACUUAUGGUGCAAUAUCAAAGGGUGCCAUGCAGUUAUAGAAAUACCAACAUUGCAUUCAAAGUUGAUGAGGGUAGUACCAAAUAUUGGUUCGCCGCAGCAAUAGAGUAUGCAGAUGGGAAUGGUGAUUUUAAAUCUGUGGAGAUGGCACCAAGUGGAAGUACGAAUUUUGUUUCCAUGGAUAACUUAUGGGGUACAAUUUGGAAAAUAAACAUUAAUCCAUCAUUCCAAGCUCCAUAUUCUUUCCGGCUGACAUCUAGUGGUGGGGAGACCAUUAUAGCAAGCGAUGUGAUUCCUCAAAAUUUUGUAGUUGGGCAAAAGUACUUAUCACAUGUAAAUUUUUAA